AUGCCACUUUCAUCGGAAAGUGAAGAUAGUGCAGAGGGUAGCCCAGCUGUUAUGAAAAAAGAUAAAAACAACAGUGAUGAAGACAGUAGUGAUGAAGAAUUGAUGCAAAACAAAAACAAAGAUAAUAUAAUUAAGUCUACCGUAAAACCCGGUCGUAAAAAUAAAGGUGACCUUAAAAAUGCCAAGACGAAGUCACUAUCUUCAGAUGACAGCGACGAAGAAGAUUUUAAAGAAAAUCAACAAAAAAGGUCAUCGCAGCCACAAUCUGCGUAUAAUUAUCAAAAAAAUACUGUUGAAGAGACAGUAAGUCGUGGAUGGCAAAAAGGAAAAAAAAAAGUUUUACCACAGGAAAGCGAGAGUGAAUCGACCGAUAAUUAUGAAAGCGAUAAAGGGGAUAAAAUGGAGUCGGAGGAUGAACGCGACGUAAUAGCUCCUAUCAAAAAGAAAUAUCAGAAGAACAGUAAAGAUAUUACGGAAAUUUCUAAAAAGGAUUCGACCGGGUUGAACUUAAACUUUAAUGCUUUAACUAUUGAUCCAUCAGAGGGUCCUAUAUCAAAAGAUCAUCAAUUUGUUGCUAAAAAAGAAGCUAAGAUGCAAGAAUCUACUACAUCCGAGGAAGAAAUAUCAGAAGACGACGUUGCGAACAGGACACGCAAAGUAUUCAAGCCAACAAAACAAAAAGACAAACAGAAAAAGGUUUCCAAUGUUGCAUCAAGUGACGCUAGCAGUAGUGAGGAAUCAAAUCCCGAGAAUUCUGAGGAGGAACCCCUUGCAGUACUCGUGGAAGAAGUAGGAAACAACCCAAAUUAUGCAAGACCCAACUUUAACGCUCGCCCUAGAUCGGUUUCACCGAAUUUUCAACAAGGACAACGAUGGAUUCCUACACCAGGCCAGGGAGGUUACUACACGGAAAAUCCGGGAUAUUCGAUAGACAACCGAAGGAGUAUGAUGCAAACGCCGUAUCGUGGUGGGGAAUAUUAUGAUGAUGACCAUCUUAGUGUAUCAAGUUUUGGUGGUCGUUCUAGAUCAGCUAUGGGCCUUGCACCUAUGCCUCCAAAUAGAAGACGUAUUAGUGGAGGAAAUAUAGAUUAUACACGAGAAUCUUUAUACAUGGAUGAUGGGUACUAUGAUGAUCGAGGAAAUCUAUUUCCCACACCUAAUCAUUAUCGUCCCAACAGUCUUUUGGAUUCAUUACCACAAUACCAGCCUUCCGCCCGUGAGCAAGAAUUUAUAGCCCGUGAAACAGGAGCGCCAUUAAUUAAUCUACCCGAGAAGCAAAAAGAUCCACAAACGGGCUUGGUAGGUGCUAUCACAGCAAGAGAACAUCAAAGGAGGGUCAUGGGGCCAAAUAUUAUGGCCAGAAAUGCUGAGUUAGAACGCGAAAGGGCUUUCGAGAGAGAAAGGGACCGUAGAUUGGUGGAACAAAGGCAGCAGAUUAUGAUGGUUGAAAGGGAAUCUACGUAUUCACGACAAUCUUUUGUUCCACCUCCAGGACCAAAUAGGUAUUAUAGUCAGCAAUUUUUAGAUCCGACGAUCGGACAGAGGGGAUCGUACUAUGAUUACGG